GCAUGCAUGUUCAUGUUGGCAUACUCACACAUCAUCGUCAUCACUGGAUCGCAACAACUCGAGGUCGCCCUCUUUGGGUCCCACUCCGACAUUCUCCAUUUCAACCAUGGCGGCUCCCUUCCCCCCUUCCGCCGCCCUUCCUUUGAACAACAACGGCAGCACACCAUGAAUCGCCUCCAACCGACUUAACCACCUACCUCCUCACUCCCACCUCUCUCUAACUCUCAAAAAUUCGAGCUUUCUUCUUAUGGCCGCUUUGCCAAACCCUAGCGUUCCUCUCCGACACUACCGCCGACAACUCUCUCCUUCCCCAAUCACUGUUUCGCGGCCCCGAAACGGCUUCCCAGAGAGAUUUGGUGGUCUCGGAUCGAUCAAGCCCUCGACGAAAAUUUCAGUCAAGUGUAAUGUUUUGGGCGAAACAGAUAAUAACGGCGGUGUUGAAGCCAGUAACUGCAUAAAAGACGAACAGUUUGUGAGGUUUUUCCGCGAAGCUUGGCCAUAUUUUCGAGCUCACCGCGGCGGCACGUUUGUUGUUAUUAUUUCCGGUGAAAUCGUCGAUAGCCCUUACUUGGAUCCCGUUUUGAUGGAUAUUUCUCUGCUUCAUGGCUUGGGAAUCAAAUUUGUUCUUGUCCCUGGGACUCAUGUACAAAUUGACAAGCUUUUGGAUGAGAGAGGAAGUGAGCCAAAGUAUUUAGGUCGAUACAGAAUUACUGACUCUAAUUCCCUCCAGGCAGCAAUGGAUGCAGCUGGGAGAAUUCGUAUUAUGAUAGAGGCAAAGCUAUCUCCUGGACCCUCUUUAUGCAAUAUCCGUCGACAUGGUGACAAUAGUCGUUGGCAUGAUGUUGGUGUCAGUGUCGCUAGUGGUAAUUUUCUUGCAGCCAAGAGAAGAGGUGUUUUGGAAGGAAUUGAUUAUGGAGCAACAGGUGAAGUAAAGAAAAUAGAUGUUGCUCGCAUUCGUGAGAGGCUGGAUAAGGAUUAUAUAGUUAUCUUAAGCAAUCUUGGCUACUCCAGCUCCGGGGAAGUUCUAAAUUGCAACACAUAUGAAGUUGCUACAGCCUGUGCCUUAGCUCUUGGAGCGGAGAAGCUUAUUUGCAUUAUUGAUGGCCCAAUCCUGGAUGAGUGUGGACGCCUUAUUCGUUUUUUACCUCUUCAAGACGCAGACAUGUUGAUUCGCAAACGAGCUGAGCAAAGUGAGAUAGCCACUAACUAUGUACAGGCUGUUGGUGAAGAUGAUCUCACUUGCCUUGUCCAUAGUGAUUCUAAUGGAAGUGUUCCCUUUCAGCAGAAUGGGAAGGGUUUUAGUGAUAAGUAUGCUGCAACAUUUCAGAACGGUGUUGGUUUUGACAAUGGAAAUGGACUAUGGUCUGGUGAACAGGGUUUUGCCAUUGGUGGUCAAGAGAGGCUGAGUCGUUUAAAUGGUUACCUUUCUGAAUUAGCUGCUGCUGCUUUUGUUUGCAGAGGAGGCAUUCAGCGAGUUCAUCUAUUAGAUGGCACUAUUGGUGGAGUUUUACUACUGGAACUGUUUCAAAGAGAUGGAGUAGGGACUAUGGUGGCUAGUGAUCUAUAUGAAGGAACACGGAUUGCUAGGGUGACUGACAUUCCAGGGAUAAAGCAAAUUAUACAUCCUUUAGAAGAAUCUGGUACAUUGGUCAGACGGACCGAUGAAGAGCUGCUUAAAGUAUUGGAUUCAUUCAUUGUUGUGGAGAGAGAGGGUCAAAUCAUUGCUUGUGCUGCUCUUUUCCCUUUCUUUAAAGAAAAGUGUGGGGAAGUUGCUGCUAUUGCUGUUUCUUCUGAAUGCCGUGGGCAAGGACAGGGAGACAAAUUACUUGAUUACAUAGAGAAGAAGGCAUCUUACCUUGGAUUGGAAAUGCUUUUCUUGCUUACCACCCGCACUGCAGAUUGGUUUGUGAGGCGCGGUUUCUCAGAAUGUUCUAUUGAAUCCAUACCAGAAGAAAAGAGGAGAAAGGUCAAUCUAUCCCGUGGUUCCAAGUAUUAUAUGAAGCAGCUACAACCCGACAUGAGUGGAAUUGGUAUUUGAUCGAAUGUUCCUUGAUGAUGCAACAGCAGGAUCAAUUUACAUCAUCCACAUAAUACCUGUGAUCGAAUUUUGGAGCUCAGCGUUUAACCAUCUCAAUUUCCGCUUACAUUUAUUUAUUUUUGUUUAGCAGUUGUUCUAAGGUGGACUUUGUUAGAGAUUGAUUUAAUUAUUUUGUUAAGAUAAUAGAAAGUACCUGUUUGUGCUAAGGACUUCAAGUCCAGUUUUUAUUUUUAUUUUUAUUUUUUUUAAUGUAUACUCUUUCACCUUGUACAUUUAUGCCUCCCUUGCUAUGAGCAGGGCAUCCA